ACCUCAGGUUCAAACCCCAUCUCUCUCUCUCUCUCUCUCUCUCUCUCUAGCACAGAGGUUGUCGCUCUCCCCCCCUCUCUCUCUCUCUCUCUUAAUAACUCUCGGACCAUACUUCGUUGUUGGGUGGGUCUGAGAGGGUCCGAGCUUCGUCCAUUCGUUUCGGGGAGGGGGGUUGGCGACAGCGGAGCCCCGUGAAAGUUUUCUUGUGAAGUUUCGCAAUUGGGUCGGUCUGGUUUCGCCUUUUCGUGAUCCAGUUCAGGUGAUUGGAGUGCGUUCGGUCUCUUUCCCCGUCCUUUUCCACCCCCAGACAGCCCCCUUUUGCGCUGUCAGCGGUCGCUGCAUUGCAUUCCUCCUCCUCCUCCUUUCUUGCGCCGUUCUUGGGUUUCCCUUCCUCCGGCGCGGAUGUGGUGGGAUCUCUUCUAGGGCUUUCGGGAGGCGGAGGAGGGUUGGAGAGAUUCGUGGUUUCGAAUCCGGGGUGUUCGCCGUUUUGCAUGUGGGAGGAGAAGCUCAUGUACCCUGAAAGCGAAGCGGUCUAAGAAGCAUUAAAGCUCCUGUCUUUUUUGGGAUCGAAUUGAAAUCAAGGGACUGUGCAUCUCAUUUAUGUGUUUUCGUCUGCGACUUCGAGAAGGGAGCCGUUAUCCACGCGAAGUACUCGGCGAAUUUAAACGGAAUCUGGAAGAAGUUGGGGGCUCUGACUAGGAAAAAGAGAGACUUCAUGGAAAUGAGAGUCUCGUUUAUGAUGGGCAGAUGGUGAGUCGACGAAUUUCGGCUUUGUGUGGGGGGGGUUGUGUGAUGGUCUGAACAAUCUUUCGACGUUCUGCAGGAUCUACCACAUAAUUUGAACUUCAGAGAAUGCGAUAUCCUGUGAUUUGUUUCCUUAUCAACCGAGAUACUCUGCCUUGGGGGCGUUAAUGUUCUUAAGAUGACUAGGGCCGUCCGAAACAGGGUCCUUAAGGAUGUGAAUGGUGAUAUAAGCGACCAUCUUCGGAACCGCAUCCACUUGACUAAUUGCAUUCAUCUGAAGAACCAUAUGCACAAGCACAGCCCCAUGUUGGCUGACAGGUCUUUGAUGAGAGAUCUCAUCGUCGUUCAGAGGUCGCGAUCUCUCAGGGACCCAUCUGCUAGUCCUCCCUCAUGGCAUUCUCCUUCCGUGGCCGACCUUCUCACCAAGCAUGGUGGGAAGGAUAUCAUUCAGGAAGGAAGAAGGUCAGUUGGCAUUGAGCGGCCGAGGCAAGGAAGGAGGUUAUCAGGAAGCUCGCCGCAGUUUGUUGGUUUAAUAGCAUCAAGAGUUGAUCCGGGAGAGGACGAUGAACGUGAUGAUGUGGCACCGGUAGUUAGUGAGCAGAGUAGCAAGAGUGAAUUGCGUGAUUCUAGAAGAAUUAGGAGAGAACACGUUCGGAAAAGCAGUAAAGAGGAUUUUGUCGGUGGGAAUGAGGAUCCUAUACUAGGUAUGGAUGGAAAUGAAUCUCUUCGUGACAUUUUUUCCGGAAAAUCUGACUCUAGAGAAAGAAAGUACAGAGAAAAGGGAAAACGUGUUCAAGAUUCUCAAGUCAAGACCCUAUCUGAGCAGUUGAAUGAUGUUCGGAUAGAUAGUGAUGAUUUGGCAUCUUCUAACAUUCAUCCUCAAGGAAGAAGUUCGAGAAUGGAGAAAUUUAGCAGGGAACCUGAAAAUGCUGCUUGCAAAUACUGUAGCACUUCUAAUAGGGUAAAAAGGCGCAAGUUCCGUGGGGCUAAAAGAAGUCGUGCUGCAGUAGCUUCCAGAGAUACUGUAGCUCAUAGUGAAAUGUCUGUGGCUUCAAAUUCUCUAGCUCACGAUUCUGUGCGCCCAACGCAUCACAUGGAGGAGGAAGAAGAAGAAGAUUACGGGGGGCAAAAUGUCACUAGAGCUCCUAGGAAUGGGUGUGGGAUCCCGUGGAACUGGUCAAGAAUACAUAACAGAGGCAGAAAAUUUCUUGACAUGGCAGGAAGGAGCUUGUCUUGUGGCUUGUCAGAUAAGAAAGGGAGUCCAGUUUCUCGGAGGAGAGGUUUAGCUAACAUUCCGGUGGAUUUGGACAGUGCAAGCUCUUCCAUGAAAUCCGAUACAGAAGCAUUGCCUCUACUCAUUAUGUCACAGGACAGCACUGAAAAUGUUGAUAGGGGACAUGAUUAUUCUGGAGAGUUAGGCAUUUUUGCUGAUCAUCUGCUGAAGCAUGAUGUGGAUACUGACCUUGCUUCUGAAGCUAGAUCAGGCAACCGAAGCAGGCCGAGACGGCAGCAGCUUCGACACCAAAAUCUGACCCAAAAGUACAUGCCUAAAGCUUUCAGAGAUCUUGUUGGACAGAAUCUGGUGGUGCAAGCUCUCUCUAAUGCUGUUAGUAGACGAAAGAUUGGGUUACUGUAUGUGUUUUAUGGACCCCAUGGCACUGGAAAAACCUCUUGUGCUCGCAUAUUUACUUGAGCUUUGAAUUGCCAAUCCUCAGAGCAUCAAAAACCUUGUGGGUAUUGCGGUUCCUGUAUUGGUCAUGAUAUGGGAAAAAGUCGAAAUAUAAGGGAAGUUGGUCCUGUUAGUAAUUUUGAUUUUGAGAGCAUUAUGGAUCUCCUUGACAGCAUGAUUGUAUCAAAGCUGCCUUCAGCAUACAGAGUGUUCAUUUUUUAUGACUGUGAUACACUUUCUUCUGAUUGAUGGAGUGCUAUAAUAAAGGUCAUUGAUCGGGCACCCAGGUGGCUGGUGUUAAUUUUUGUCUGUUCAAGUCUUGAUGUUUUACCUCAUGUGAUAAUAUCUAGGUGCCAGAAGUCCUUUUUCCCAAAGAUUAAAGACGCUGAUAUCAUAUAUACUCUACAAUGGAUCUCAUCAAAAGAGAACUUAGAAAUUGAUGCUGAUGCUCUGAAGCUUAUUGCAUCACGAUCAGAUGGUUCACUAAGGGAUGCGCUCAUGACUCUAGAGCAAUUCAGUUUGCUUGGGCGGCGAAUCUCUGUCAUGCUCGUUCAGGAACUGGUGAGCUACUUUUUUUUUCUGCAAAUGAUAAAUAAUAUUGUUGA